UGGCGUGCCAAAGGACACGGCGCCGCUGUUCCCAUCCUUCUGCAGGCCAGGGACCUACAGGAGGAGGCCCUCGCUCUCCCGUAAGCCCAGGAUUGCCGAUCGUGACCUGAUACUAACUGUUUCAUCACGUCUGCUGAGAUACAGGGCCAUGUUCGCUGUGGGCAUGCAAGGCUCUGUUUGUUCACUGCUGGCUCCAGCUCCGUCGUCGGCCUGGCCCGCAGUCAGUAUUUGUCUUGGUAACGACGGUGUGGGCUGUGGCAUCAUACCGUGUGCUCCUCACCAGGUCCCAGCAUCUCGUGUUGACUCAUCUCCCGUCUGCAGACUUGCUGGCCAUUUGGAAACGGCACCCCUCGUUAAGACGUUUUUGCUCCCAUCACGCUGGCAGGGCCUGCGUCCUGAGUCUCCUGGGUGUGUCCUAAUUGCCCGUCUCAGCACCUCCUGAAAGCCCCCUCGCCUCCAGUGGUCACGGUGGAAGGAUCAUGGGAGAAGCAGAAGGGAAGAAAGAUGAGGCUGAUUAUAAACGCCUGCAGACCUUCCCUCUGGUCAGGCACUCGGACAUGCCAGAGGAGAUGCGAGUGGAGACCAUGGAGCUGUGUGUCACGGCCUGUGAGAAAUUCUCCAACAACAACGAGAGUGCCGCCAAGAUGAUCAAAGAGACGAUGGACAAGAAGUUCGGCUCCUCCUGGCACGUGGUGAUUGGCGAGGGCUUCGGGUUCGAGAUCACACACGAGGUGAAGAACCUCCUGUACCUGUACUUCGGGGGCACGCUGGCCGUGUGCGUGUGGAAGUGCUCCUGACACUGCCCCGCCCCGCCCCGCAGGGCUCCCCCCCCCCCCCUCCGGGUGGGAGCAGCCCAGGCAGGCCGAGUUUUCUGAAGGAGAGCGUGGGGUCUUUCUUUUGUCCUGUGUACCCGUGUCCUGAGCCAGGCCCAGUGUGUGAAUUUAUCAACAUCUCUCUCCCCAGGCUCCCAGCCAUCUCACUCUGAGCCCCAGGGUGUGAGGGGCAGCAGGCAGUGGUCUCCAUGCAGGGGGAGGCCGGGGGCAUGUGACAGGGUAGGAGCGUGGGGAGGUGGAACUGCUCUCGCGGGGACAUGCCAGCCCCACGUGUCUCGGGGCUACACCCCUCGCAUCGGGAGCCCCUGCCUUCCACCCCAGGGCCACUGGCAAGUGACCACUGCCCUUGUCUUUACGGACCGUAUGCAAAUGGCCCCAGGAAGGAGCCUCCCUUCCAGGGGCACCGGCAGCUUCUCUCCUCGUCCUCCGGGGAAGGGGGGACUCCCCAGAAGCCCCUUCCCCGAGCUGGCCCCGGGCUGAGCCCCACUGCAUCUCAGGGGCCCCAGCUUCGGCCUGCGGACCAAGCAGCCUCCCCCGACCCCCAACCGCCAGGCUUCGUCCGCCUUUCCCUGCCCCCAGCCAGCCUGCAGCUGAGGGCGUGGGAGCUGCUGCCCCGCAGUGUCUCGAGGUGUCACUGAGCCUCCAGCGAGCCGCCUGGGCCAGGAGUGCCCUCGCUGCGAGGCCGUCUCAGCAGGGAACCUGGCCUCCAGUUACUUCUCAUCAGGGACCGCAUGCUGAUUUGUACUUCUUCUCUGUGGGUUUUCUAUAUUCUUUUUGAGUGUGGGGAGAGUGCUUUAGUAGAAGGAUGAAUCCUAUUUUACAUAGCGGUCUUAUUUAUAUAAAUGUCUUGGUUUUUACAAUUAAAAUGGCCAAAACCUGA